AUGACCCCUCUUGCAUCCAUGCAGAUUUCAGAGACCUAUGCCUUCCUACCAAGAGAAGCAGUGACACGGUUUCUAAUGAGCUGUUCAGAGUGCCAGAAAAGAAUGCAUUUAAACCCAGAUGGAACAGAUCAUAAAGAUAAUGGAAAGCCUCCUACCUUGGUGACCAGCAUGAUCGACUACAACAUGCCAAUCACCAUGGCCUAUAUGAAGCAUAUGAAGUUGCAGUUGCUAAACUCACAACAAGAUGAGGAUGAAAGUUCUAUAGAAAGUGAUGAAUUUGAUAUGAGUGACUCAACACGGAUGUCAGCUGUGAACUCUGAUCUUAGCUCCAAUCUUGAAGAAAGAAUGCAAAGUCCCCAGACUCUUCAUGGCCAACAAGAUGGUG